AAAACACCAAGUUUUGGAUCACCACAUGCUUCCGAUAAGCUACUGCAAAUGUCACCAGCUGCAAGGCGUCUUGCAACACAUGGACUUGGAAUCCGAUUGAGCUCAGAUAAGGAGUUGAAAGCCAGCUAUACACCCUCACCGUCAAGGACACCUCGUUCGAUGCGUUUCACACACACUCCAGGCUCAUCACGAAUUGUGGUAAAAACUCCAAAAAGAAGUGCCGUGGAAGGUGCAGUUACACCAGCAGCAGCGGAAACGAGCAGCUCCACCUCCAUAACCGAUAAUUUGCUGAGUUUUGGCCAGGCGAAAAUCGCCCAAAAAACUCGUCCAUCAGCUUCUGAUUUCUUUUAA